UGCCCAGCAAUUGCAUGCGCAACCCGCCCCAAUAACCUGGGAUACCCGGCGCUUCGUACCUUCCCCCAAAUCCUCCUGCUAUUUUCGCCUUUAUGCAACGGCAGUGAUACAUUGCCUGACCUUGCCGGGAAGUCACGCCGCUGGACGCUUCACUGCGGGACCAACCGCAUUACAACAAUCGGGACCCCGGGAGUAACGGCUUUUAGUGCAAUACCUCGCAAAUGAAGUUUUUCUCUAAAAUAUCGUCCAAGAAGCCAAACACCGCCGAGGAGGACGACGAAAGCACCGGUUUUCACGAGUCGCAGCUUCCCUCGCCCACCAAAUCGCCCUCCAAAUCUUUGCCUUCCCGGUCGCCGACCAAAAAGGCCUCCUCCCAGCGCCCCACCUCACCGGCCUCCCGUGACUCCAAGCCGCAGUCGGUGCGCACCUCUCGCCCGCUUGGGCGGCACGCAACCAUCGCCGGGCUCUCCCGCCGAAAAAAGGUCGACCCCGACACCCACCCCCUCAACCUACCUCCCGAGGAGCGCAGGCGGCUGUCGGAAUUGGCUGCCAUGAGCGCUCGCGAUUGGAAUUCAAUGGAUGUUGACAAGGAACCCGUUAACGGAGCCACCCCCUCCUCCCCGCCACCGCAGCCGCUCCAGCAGAAGCCGCCCCAGCCCCAGCAGCAGCAGCAGCAGCAGCCGCCGCCGCCUCUGCAAAAGCAGAGACACUCUCACCCUCCCUCGCACCCGAACUCGUUCACGAUGCCCACGAUGCCCACGAUGCCCAGCAUGCCCGUGCCAAACGGAGGUGAUGCGUCGACGAACGGCGCUGCUGAAGAAGCAGUUCCCCCUCCACCACCCCACCGAUCCCAGCGGUCUAGCCCGGUACAAACAGACGCUGAGCAGGCUGAAUCGUUCAAGAAUGAAGGGAACAAGUUCUUCAAGGCGGGUGACUACACCCAUGCUAUUGAGUUCUAUACCAAGGCUGUUGUCCUUCAACCCAACUCCGCCACCUACCUGGGCAAUCGGGCUGCAGCGUAUAUGUCCGCAGCCAAGUACAACGACGCCUUGGAGGACUGCAAGCGGGCUGUAGACCUGGACCCGCACAACGCCAAGAUUCUUCUCCGUCUGGCGCGCAUUUACACCAGCCUGGGCCAGCCCGAAGAGGCGAUCGCCACAUUUGGCCGCAUCCAGCCUCCGCCGUCAGCGAAGGAUAUGGCACCGGCCAAGGAAAUGCUUCGCCAUGUCAGAGCAGCACAGCAGGCCCUCCAGGAUGGCACGGCUGCAUCCAUGGUCCUGUACCCGCUCGACAUGGCGGAGAAGCUGCUCGGCCUUGGUGCGCUGAAGCCGAGAAAGUGGCAACUCAUGCGGGGCGCCGCCCUCCUCAAGAUGGGCGACGCCAACUCACUCGGAGAGGUCCAGAACAUCUCCAUGUCGCUGCUGCGGUUGAACAGCCAGGACCCGGAGGCUCUGGUUCUGCGGGGCCGGGCGCUGUACUCUCAAGGGGAGAACGACAAGGCCGUACAGCACUUUCGGAAGGCACUCAGCUGCGAUCCUGAUUUCAAGGAUGCGGUCAAGUGGCUCCGGACCGUCCAGAAGCUGGAUAGGAUGAAGGAGGAGGGUAACGCGCAGUACAAGGCUGGGCGGUGGCAAGCAGCCCUCGACGUGUACACGUCCGCCUUGGAGGUUGACCCUACCAACAAGGGGACAAACUCCAAGAUCCUGCAAAACCGGGCACUGUGCCGUAUCAAGCUCAAGCAGUACGACGAUGCCAUUGCCGACUGCGAAAAAGCCAUCAGCCUCGACCCCCAGUACAUCAAGGCCCGCAAGACCAAGGCCAAUGCGCUGGGCCUAGCCGAGAAGUGGGAGGCGGCCGUGCGGGAGUGGAAGGCCAUCCAGGAGCUGGAUCCCGAGGACCGGACGAUCGCCAAGGAAGUCCGCAAGGCUGAGUUGGAGCUUAAGAAGUCCCAGAGGAAAGACUACUACAAGAUCUUGGGCAUCGAGAAGACGGCCACCGAGCAGGAAAUCAAGAAGGCGUACCGGAAGCUGGCCAUCGUCCACCAUCCGGACAAGAACCCCGGAGACGCCAAUGCCGAGGCUCGCUUCAAGGACAUCAGCGAAGCAUACGAGACGCUGAGUGAUCCUCAGAAGCGCGAGCGCUAUGAUAGCGGCGUCGAUCUGCAGGACCCGUCCGAUAUGUUUGGCGGUGGCAUGGGCGGCGGCAUCGAUCCUGAGAUCCUGUUCUCGAUGAUGGGAGGCAUGGGAGGCGGCGGCCCGUUCGCCGGAGGUGCUGGCUUCCCAGGUGGCGGCGGGUUCAACUUUAACGAGCGUCCUCGCGGCAGAGGCGGGUUCUCCCAGAGCUUCCACUUCUCGUGACAAUCCGACCAAGAAGGAGAAGAAACCGGGGACGAUGGUAGUGAUUGGGGCGGAGACAGUGAGCCUGAGG